CGGGGCGAGAAAGAACGUGGCCCGGCGCGUUCUGGGACACGCAACAAUGGGGUCGCGUUUGACACGCGCGCUGCGCAACUUCAACCUGGAGAGCAGGGCGCACGGCGAGAUCAGCCGCCCCAGGCCGCGAGCUGCGCCCAGGCACCCCGCCAGCCAGCGGCUCGCCGAGCAGCAGCAGCGGCAGAGCGGCGCGCGUCAAGUCGAAAUAGAUGAACUAACCAGAAAGAAUGAAAAUCUUGUGUCUUUACUCAAAAAUGUUUAUGUAGACUCAAAGGAUACUCCUGUAGAGAAACAUCCAAUUGCUAAAAGGACCAAGCCGCAGCAGGAGAUGAGACAUUCGAAGGUUACUUUGAAACGGGACCCAUUUGCAGUUACUAAUAUUCCCAAAGGCAAACUAUCCAUAGUAGAGGUUCUUACCAUCCUCAACAACCACAAACUUGAUCCUAAAACGUGGACAUCUGAUAAAAUAGCUGAAGAGUACAGUUUAGAGCCUAAAGAUGUCGAAGGACUAUUGGAAUUCUUCAAAGUUUUUGAAAUAAAGAUUCUACCUCCAGAGGAAAAAAAGGAACGGAUCGGUGCGAGAUAGUCAAUAAGAAUACCUACUACAACCUGAUCAGUCUGUACUUCCAUUGUGCAGAAUUUAGUUCAAUACCUAAUAUUAGCCAUACUGUUUGUUCAAGAACUGAAGCAGGAAUUUAUAUUUUACCUGGAAGCACUAGAUUCUGUGGGCAGAACUGACACAGAACCACUGAAUCUGAUCUUGAGGUUCAGAAAAAUCCUGCAUAAUACCAUAUUGCAUUAUGAAUUACAGGGGAAGAUACUUGUUAUCUUGAUGCUACAGUGAAGUGUGACACAUUAAAAGUCAAGCACCAGUAGCUUUAUAGCAGUGCUCUAAAUGAGUGGAUAUUGUGUAAAUCCUAGUUUGUAACGGGCUUCAGCAUUGUUUUAUGAUUGACACUGUAGAUUGCUGUCUGGACACUAUGUAAUGUCAUUUUAUUUUGUCCAAACAAAAAAGUGUACAUGUUAUAUAAGCAGUUUUGACAGAAUAAUUAGCGAUGGUUCUUUGAAAAUACAGUAUAAUGUCCAACACGGGCAUGGUCCAAAA